UUCAGGAUUCCGUGCAGUGACAACAAAGUGGGCGUAUAGUCAAGAUGCCCACUCCGUCAUGGGAGCGGUCCAGGCCCAUUAGGCGUUCGAACAAGAGCAGCAUCUUUCCGGAUGAUGGAUGUCGGCGACCCCAGUUGUUUGUUGCCUCGUUUGAACGGAAAACGGAACGUCCGCAGAUGAGUCUGUUGCUUGGCUGGGAAUAUGGUCGCGAAUGGCUAAAGGAACGCGAUGAGUUUCUGCGUCACGAUACCUUCAAGUCAAACAAGCGAUUCAUUGAGCCGGACUAUAAUUGGUGGCUAAAGAAGCGUCAAAUUGUGCUCGAUCGCAGGAAGCUCUUUACGCGCAGUCGCCGGGCGGCAGCGAAUCAAAAGAAGUGCUAUGAAAUGACCGCGUUUGACGGGGCCAGGCAGCUGCGGCAGGAGCGCGAGCUACAGCAACAGUAUCGCGAACGUGCCACCCAUCUAGAAGUCAAAUGCGAAUGCGCCGAUUGCAAGCAGAAGAGAUGUCGCCACGCCUUGCCACAGCCAGCCCAAGUUUAAGGAAGAGACUCUGACGCCAGCCAUGUAAUGCGCUGAGCUUUACUUGGAUUGGUUGACACGUGGCAAGUUUAGCCCAUAAAUACCCCAUACAGGACAUACUACAUUUUGGUUUUUUUGGCACACCAACUACAGCAAUUCAUACGCAACUCUCGAGAAGAUCGGCGAGCGCACUACCAAGCUACCAAGGUCGAAUUCUGAAUGGGUUGUACGACCGCAUCGAUCAAAAUUUUUGCCAUCUAACGAGAUGUGAGCCUGGCCACAGCCGGCUCCAUCCAUAGAUCGCUUGUGUUGCCAAUUCCCAAUUAAAAUGCAAAGCACGCUUUGCAACAAAA